AUGAAAAUAAUGAGCGGUGUUUUUUCAAUAGGUAAUGAUGAUGAUAAUAAUAAUGAUGAUAAGAAUAGUGAUAAUAAUGAUAAUGAUGAUGUUGACGACAAUAGUGAUAAUAAUGAUAAUGAUGAUGUUGACGACAAUAGUGAUAAUAAUGAUAAUGAUGAUGUUGACAACAAUAGUGAUAAUAAUGAUAAUGAUGAUGAUGACAACAGUAGUGAUAAUAAUGAUAAUGAUGAUGAUGACAACAAUAGUGAUAAUAAUGAUAAUGAUGAUGAUAACGAUAUUGAUAAUGAUAGCGAUGUUGAUAACGAUGAAAUAGUAAUAGUGUCAGCAAUGAUUUCAGGGCAGAAAUAA